AUGGAUACCCUGUCAAGCUCCAUGCCUUCCUUGAAAAUCUCCAGUUCACUUCAUUCAACACCUCGUGAAUUCUAUCAUUUCAAGAAUCCCAAAUCAUCUCAUCACCAUUUUCUUCCUCCAAACCCCUAUUUUUGUUAUUCUACUGCCAAACCUACAAAUUCCAUCUCCACUAAAGCCACACCUUUAGUUACUUAUCCAUUCCUUUCUUCCUCUCAAGACUCAUCUCCCAAACAAUCUCCAUCAAGAACAGAAACAGCCCACCAUAAAGCUGCCAGCGGCUAUGCGACGGCACUUUUAGACGUGGCUCAGUGCAACAGCUCGCUUGAAGAGGUGGAGAGGGAUGUAAAGAGGCUUUUGAAAUGGAUAAGUAAUGAACGUAUCCGAGCUGUAUUUAGAGACCCUUGUGUUGAAGAGAAAGAAAAGGGACAAGUAGUGAAGGAGAUUGCACAAAAGGGUAGGUUUGAUAGGCAUUUGGUGAAGUUGGUGAAUUUGCUGGUAAAGAAAAAUAAGGUGGGAAUGGUGAGUGAAGUUUUGCAGGAGUUUGAGAGGAUUUAUGAUGAGUUGAAUGGGACUCAAUUGGUAUUUGUUCCAUCUGAAAUGAAGAGGAUGGAGUUGAAGCACAAGGAAAAUCUCCUUUUUGGGAUUGCUAAGAGGGCUCUAAAGCUUAGUGGGGCAAUCAAAGUGAAGGUGAAGCAUUGCAGUUUGGAUUUUGAUGGUUGUAAUGUACACUACCUUUGA